CCGAGCACGUGAAUCAGCACACUAAAUUCUAAUGAGCUGCUUCCUUCUCAUUCACUCAUUUGUCGACGCUCAAGAAAGAAGGACUACAGUCAUCCCCUACUCGUUUGAUGGAGUCCAGAGGACAGACCGUACUUCUGGGAUUAUUUAUCUUCUCCUCGAUUUCUGCUUUAUUUGCUAAACUUCAAUGCAACACCGCUACGGAGUACGAAAUGAAAGAGCUCUACAAAUGCUGCACUAAAUGCCAAGCCGGAGAAUACGUGGUCGAGAAGUGUACAAGAGGCAGGGAUACUGUGUGCAAGCCUUGUGACAAGGAUUAUUAUAAUCCAAGCAGAAACUCCAAGAGAAGUUGCGACCACUGUACAGUUUGUGUAAAUGAUUUGAUUAACAAGGAACAAUGCACUUUAACCUCAAAUACCAAGUGUCAAUGUAAACCAGGACUACAGUGUGUAGAUGAUGAAUGCACAAGAUGUGAACCAACCAAGGUCACAACCAAGUUUCUGCCUAUUAAUGUGAUACCUAGAGCUGAAAACAUAACGGAUAAACCAUCAACUAAAGGACAGCUAACACAACACAGAAUUGUUUAUACAAGCCCUUCAGAGCCAACUGAUAAUCCUGGAAAAGGGCAUAACAAAUUGGAAGAUAGAGGAUACUGGGUCAUUGCUGUAGCACUGUGUACAUCUGCACUGGCUGUUAUAAUAAUGUGUAUGUACCUACUUCACAGGAGAAGAGCACAGGACACAAUCAAGAUCUUCCAAGAUAAUGCCAGCAGCAGUGAAGAAGAAGAAGAAACAAAAUCAGAAUGGCGCUGCUCUGAGGAAGAAGAAGGUCCGGCCCCAAUCCAAGAAGAAACUCAAAAAGAAGGCAGCUCUACUUUACUUAACUGUGGAUUAAGAGAAAUGGAUUUUAAUCAAACAACAAUUAACUUAUUUUAGAAGUUUCGGCUUUCUUUUUUAUAACAAUCAAUAAAUAUAAAAUAAUGAAUUUACACAUUCAAAAAGAUCAUAAGAAAGAUUAGUUUAAUAACUGGUUAUGAGUUUACUUUUUAAUUAGCAUUUGAAUCAGAUAUUUUUAUUAAGAGCAUGAGUGAUGGUUGUUCAUCGGACUACAAAUAUAUCUACUGUUAUAUAACAUGAGCCACCAGGUGCUAGCACUGAUGCCUCACAGUUCCUGGGUUCAAAUCUUGGCCCCAUUUGAUGUUUUGGCAGUGUUGAUGUUGGUUUUCUCUGGGUACUUUGGUUUCCCAUCAUAUGCCAAAGACAGGAGAGUUAGGUUAAUUGAUAAGUCUAAAUCACCCAGUGACGUGCAGUGAUGUUCAUGGCUGGUGAAGCACUGAUUCCUUCAGUGUCAGAUUUACAAAUGUAUGAACCUAAAAAAGUAGCUUAUUUACUAUUCAUUUGGCAGCUUGCACAUUGACUAUUGGUUAUGUUUCAUAUCUCAACAGCAUUCUUUACACACACAUA